AUGAGGGGUAUUCCUCCUCGGAAUCAUGCUAUCGAUGACAAAAUGUUAGAUCGAAAUGAUGAUGUUAUGCUCAUUGAAGGAGAUAAAAGGAUAUCAGAUGCCCGCUUCGUCGAACUGGAUGGUGAACUCGUAGGGGCCAGAAGGAAAGGAGGGUAUCCCCCAUCGGCAAGGCUUCAAGGAAGUUUUUCAGUCAGAGGUGGAUCAAGUGAUGCAUGCUCAAUCGAAUCAGCUGCUGGAAUUCCUCUCGCUAUUGAGACAACAAAUGAAGGCUUGGAGAAAGCAGGCUUCUCUGCUGGUAAAUCUAUUCUUGUAUUAGGUGGGGCAGGUGGAGUUGGAUCCUUGGUGAUUCAGGAAGAUGAGCUCCAGAUAUUCAGGGAAGUCCGAGAAAGUGAUGUGUCGGUGCGGGCUACUAACCUUGCUACUCACUCGGCUGCUGGAAUUCCUCUUGCUAUUGAGACAACAAAUGAAGGCUUGGAGAAAGCAGGCUUCUAUGCUGGUAAAUCUAUUCUUGUAUUAGGCGGGGCAGGUGGAGUUGGAUCCUUGAAAGAUGAACUCCAGAUAUUCAGGGAAGUCCGAGAAAGUGAUGUCGGUGUGGGCUACUGA